AUGGAAGUUAAUGACACUGCCAACAAAACAGAGUCAGGUAGCCCUCGUAGCGAUGAUGUAGAACCAGCUGGUGUGGCACAACUACCACAGAAAAGAAAAAUAAUCAGAGAUCCUGCCAAACAUGCAGCAAAUAUUACCAGAGCUACAUUACAGCAACUUAAAGAACUCACUUACCUAAGCCAAGACACAGACGUCUUGAAUGAUGUGACGAAAGAGCUCCAGAUUCUGGUUACCAAGUUAUGUGCCUCAGUUCCAAAGAGCUGUGAAGGAAUAUACUUUUGUGCAUCUCCUAAAAUGAAACAAAAGUUAAAGCAUAUUG